GGUGUUCAACCCUCCGUGGGAAACUGAAUGAGACGCUUCACAAGGGGAGUGGGAGAAAACCAGCAGAGAGCAGCUUGCUGAGAUAGAGGAAGAUAUUAGGCAGCGUGAAAAAAAAGGGAGAAGGAGUGACUGACACCUGCCCUCCAGCUCAGUGUGAAGGGCACAGAAUGCGAGAGUGAGAGGAGGGGUGUGAGAAGAGGGAAAACAGAAGAGAGAAUGAAGACAACCGGAAAACAAGGCCUGCCUCACAGCAAACCUCGCUCAAAUUAGGACGUCUCACCACAAGACAAGAUGAUUACAAGAAAUCUGCUCCUAUUGGUUUCCCUGUGCCUGUGGGAGGGGCUCGCGGGAGGCGCCUUGGCCAGUAAAAUUGUCCGGAGGAGAGGAGUGGGCGGAUCGCACAUGGUGAAGCUAGGGGAGAGCAGAACUGCGGACCAAUGGGAUGCAAGCGUUGAUGCAAAUGCUAUGCCCGUGGUGACUCUUAGAAACCUGAUUAGUCAUGAACAGGCGGGUGACACUGGAUCUUUCUCUUAUUCCAAAAUAUUGCAGAAUCAUGCUGCUCCCUUGGUAGCUAACAAGGACAGGCAAGCUUUCAAGCCCAAGCGUGAGGUCGACUCUGUCAAUAAAAAAGAAGUGACACCGCACAUGUUAGCCAAUAACAAGGAGUUAAACCAGGAUGUGAAGAAAAUUAAGAACAACACCAAAAAUGCUGAGACUUCUACCAAAACAGGAAGGUCAGAAAAAACAUUCACAAUCCAUCAUAAACCAGAUCUACACACCAAUAAAACCAGGUUUAAAUCAGGCUCUAGAUCCAGGAACAGACCUGAUCUAAGUGUGCAUACUACAGGUGUGCCAGGAAAAGGAUUCAGCAUAGAUUCAAACCGAAAACUGAACCUCACUGGCAGUUACGGGGUUCUGAAACUGCUGUCGAAAGAGAACCUCGUCAGGAUCGUCAAUUCCCAAAUGCAGAGUGUUCCCAGCCUGAGCUUUCCGAGCAAGGGCAGCCGGAGCAGGAAGAGAGAUUUGAUUGACGUUAAUCAUGGACAGUUAGAGGCUCAGAAAGUGCAGAGACAAGAUAUAGCUGUCACUCAGUUUCACACUGGAUUUGAUAAUCAGACGGCAUCACCUUAUGUAAGCCCAGUCACCACCCCAGAUCUUAAUCGAGACCAAGGUGCCAACACUCAUAUUAAUCUGCUAAGUGAAGUCAACCCAGCUUUAAGUAAAGGCCAGGGCAACUUGGGAAUACAGGGUAUAGAUAGUGGCGAUAGGAAGAGCAAACACCUGGCCCGUUUGCUGUCAACACCUCGCAGCGAGGUCAGUCUCAGUCCUGAGAAGGAAGUAAUAAUCAGCCAAACACAACCACCAUUUACAUCGACAAAACAUUUCCCACUGUAUGUACCCUCUGAAACAAAUGAUUCUCCACCGUCUGUGCUGACAAUGCAACCCCUGGGAGUAAGACCGGGGAACAGAGCAGCAGAUUCCCAUAGAGACCCAUUAACAGAGUCGGUUCACACUGCUCAAACAGAACUCAGCACAGCUCAGUACCCUGCAGAUGAAGACAACCAACUUGUCAACAGCAGUCAUGUCCUGAGGCUCCACCCGGCUCCCGAAUGGAGCCAUGAUACAAAAGAUGCUGGGAUGCAAUCUGUCGAUCCAGAAAAUGGGGAGGGCCUUGUGUUUGAAGAAGCAGAGUCAGAGGUAGAAGAGGAAAUGCAUGAGCAAAUGGUGAGGAAGGGGCCACGUUCUCGCAGCAGGAGGAGCUGGAUCUGGAACCAGUUCUUUGUGAUCGAAGAAUACGCCGGGCCUGAACCUGUGCUCAUCGGACGGCUCCACACCGACAUGGACAGGAAUGAUGGACGCACUAAGUAUGUCCUGCGAGGCGAGGGGGCGGGUUCGGUCUUUGUGAUAGACGAGAAGACGGGGAACAUCCACGUCACCAAGCCACUGGACCGUGAGGAGAAGGACGAGUAUCGCCUCAUAGCCACGGCCACCGACAGGCAGACGGACCGUGCCCUGGAGCCCUCGUCACAGUUCAUAAUUCGGGUGCAGGACAUAAACGACAACCCACCUAUCUUUGACGAAGGCCCCUACAGCGCCACCGUGCCUGAGAUGGCAAAUAUAGGCACGUCUAUAAUCCAGGUGACAGCGACAGAUGCUGAUGACCCGACUUAUGGGAACAGCGCCAAGCUCGUGUACACACUGGUGCAGGGCCAACAGUACUUCUCCGUCGAUCCCCAGACAGGUAUUCUGCGUACGGCUGUACCCGACAUGGACAGGGAGACCCAGGACCAGUACCUUGUGCUGCUUCAGGCCAAGGACAUGGGUGGCCACCUGGGCGGAUUAUCCGGGACCACCACCGUCACCGUCAGGCUCAGUGACGUCAACGACAAUCCUCCACGCUUCACUCAGAGUAUGUGGUCCUUUUCUGUUUCCGAGCUGGCCAUCCCGGGGGCCGAGAUAGGGCGUAUCUCUGCGACUGACGCCGACCUCGGUGAGAACGCCAAGCUGGAAUAUACCAUCCUGGAGGGGGAGACCGGGGACACGUUCAACAUCACCGGAGUGAACCAAGAGGCGGUCAUCACGCUCAACAAGGCAGUAGACUAUGAGAGCCGGAGCUCCUACUCCUUCUCUGUGGAGGUCCUCAACCCCAUAGUGGAUCCUCGCUUCUUGCGUCGAGGCCCCUUCAAAGACCGGGCCUCCAUCAGAGUAGCAGUACUGGAUGCAGAUGAGCCCCCGAGAUUCUCCCGAGCCCGAUACCACAUGGAUGUGUCUGAAAACUGCCCACCGGCCUGCACUGUGGGCCGGGUCAGCGCUGUAGACCCUGAUACUGGUCUUACCAAUAAUAUCAGGUUCUCCAUUGAUCCUCAGUCAGACCCAGAGGCUCUGUUCCGUAUCACCCCAGACACCGGCCUCAUUACCACAGCCAUGGAACUGGACCGGGAACGAGAGCAUUGGCACAACAUUACUGUCAUUGCCACCCAGAGAGACAAUCCCAGCCAGGUGUCCAGAGUUGUGCUUGCAGUAGAGACAUUAGAUCUGAAUGACAAUGCACCCGAACUGGACAGACAAUACACAACGGCAUUGUGCGACUCAUCCUCCAUCGGGCAGGUGGUGCAGGUGUUGCGGGCGAUUGAUAGAGAUGAGGGAGGGAAUGACAGCACUGUGUAUUUCAGCAUCCCUCCGGAGUCCAGCGCUGCCCUCAACUUCAGCGUCAGGGACAGUGGUGGCCCCACAGCCAGCCUGGUGCUGCUGUCCCAGCUCCAGCCGCUGUCCCGCUCUGCAUCCUCUACCCUGACGCUCUACGUGCCGCUGGUCCUGAGGGACGGCACGUCAGGCCUCACCAGCACUGGGACGGUCACAGUGUCCGUCUGUCCCUGCCUGAGAGGAGGGGCACGGGCCGGGGAGAAAGAGAAGGACAAACAGACCGAGGGCGAGUGGGACUGGGAAAGAGAGGCAGUGUGUCUCCCUCAGCAGUCCACACUGCCUUCCCCUGGGCUCAGUACUGCCGCCCUGCUGGCUAUCCUGGCUUGUGUUGCUACGCUACUGGCGGUGAGUGCCCUGUCAUUGUCGCUGCGCCGUCAGAAGCGUGACUCUCUGUCACCGUUGGAGGAGGACGACGUACGUGAGAACAUCAUAACGUAUGAUGACGAGGGCGGGGGCGAGGCCGACACUGCUGCCUUUGACAUUGCCGCGCUCCAGAGUGCACCACACAGCUCACGCUCACGUGGCUAUCGCACACUAGACAGCAGGAAUGUACGUUACGCCCAGCGUAGCCAAGACAAAGCUCGCACCUAUAGCUGGGCUCAGAAUCCGGGUGUGGAUCACAACUACACAGGACCAGGAGGACCUCUCUAUGGUCGCCUCUGUUACAGCAGCCACACAUUACCUGUUCUCCGCCGCACACCAGGGGGAACAUUUGAACCAGGCCUGGCAGAGCUGGGAUACCGCUUUCCUGGAGGCCAGCCAGAUCACUCUCUGGUAAUCCAGAACCAAGGGGCCAUGGUAGGGCCAAUGGAGUCUGGGGCAGUGUACAUAGCUCCCACAGACCUCAGCACGGGAAGCCGAACGGGGAGUCGUACAGGAAGCCGUGACGGGACUGCACCCCAGAGUGGGGUAAGCACGUCAGAUGGAGGAACACCCAGGACCAGUGACAGCCAGGAGAGAGGAGCGGGGGCAGGAACUGCAAGCAACUGUACAGAUGGGAGCAAUGAGGACAAGAUGAACCACAGUCAAGAUGUGGACUGGUACCACACCCUACCCCAGCCCCGAACUGAAACCACUCGUGCUCGCCUACGUUCCCCCCAGGUGCAGUCGGAGACGUUACCCAGGGAGCAUAACCUCGUCAUGACCCGAUCCGGCUCCAUGAUGGGCCAGGGUCACGGUGCAGGAGGCUGGGUGUGCGACUCGGCUACCCUCCCCAUGGCAGGACGUAGGGCCUCCCGCUCCGGCUUGUCCCCAAAGCGCACAAGCUCUGGCCAGGCUGAAACUGACUCCAGUGGAGGAGGAGGAGGGGGAGGGGGAGGUGGAGGUGGAAAUGGGGGCACCUCCACAGAUGGACAACAGCAAACUGCCAGUGGACGCAACUACGCCACUGUCCUGCAGGGAGAGGUAUCUGGACAGAGGGACUACCCCGGCAGCUUGGGGAGAGGAGGACUGGAGAUGGGGAGCAACUUUGUGGUGGCGAGGCCAGACAGGGAGGGCGGAGGGAUAUCAUCUGUCUACCCAGAAGCAGCUGGCUUUAUUGGGGACUGGCGUGAUCGGGUGGGUCUUGGGGGGUAUGUUUUGGGCAGGAGGGAUAUGACCCCCCAGCUUUUUCCUUUCCCUGGGCAGCCUCGGGGACCGUACGGCGGCGUGAUGGGCUUUGGGGCCGGCUGGGUUCCAGGAAUGGAGUCUGCGAGAGGAGCACCAGGGCCUGGGGGUCCCUCCUUGGCACUGAGGGUGGGUGAGUUCCUACGUCUGCGCCUUGCCCAGGUCACUUUUGACCCAUCACAGCCACCGUACGACUCUGUGCAGGUGUACGGCCUGGAGGGCACAGGAUCCCGGGCUGGAUCCCUCAGCUCACUUGAGAGCGAAGGAGAGAAGGAUGCAGAGAAGGAGGAGUGGGGUGCAGGGCUGGAAGAGUGGGGUCCACAGUUCCACAAAUUAGCCCAACUUUUUAAAGACAGGGAGAAAGAAAGGGAAGAGAAGGAUAAAGUUGAAGAGGGUGCCAAAAAGGAGAAGGAAAAGAAAGAAGAGCCAGAGAGGAAAGAGAAAAAAGAGGGAGAAGAGCAGGCUGGAGAAGAGGGGAAAGACUGAGGAAGGAUAAAAAUUAAACAGAUAGGGGCAAAGGGGGUAAGAGAGGAACAGCGGGAAUAGGAGGAUGAUGAAAAGGCAACCAGAGCUAGAAUAAUGUGAAGAGAAGUUAAAGGAGAGAAAGAUGAAGAGGCAAAGUAAUAAAAAGAGACAGAGAAAAAUGAGCCUAGGGAGGAUGGAGAAUGCGAGGGCAGGGGAGGGAGUGAUUGAUGUAAUUUAAAGCAAUAAGUGUUGAAACGCUGAUAUGGUUGAGCACAGAUACUGAGACAAUGCAGAGGCUGCUUCUGCUCGGGGCAGCAACAAUUUGUUAAACGCUUUGGACAAAGAAAAACAACCCAAACAUCCAAGACUCGAUUUAAUUCAACUCUCACGUACGGAAUGAGAAACAGCAGGAAACAAGAAGGAAGACGUUUCUCGUGGCGCGUGUUGGUCAUCUCAUUGUGUCUGCAUGCGUGUUUGUGUGUGGGAAAAGUCCAUGAGGGAAUAUGGAUGUGCGAGCAGGAGUGCAUAUACACACUUUUUGAGUGGAUAUGUGUGCAUAUUCAACAAAGGAGUGGCAGGGAGAAACCGCGACACCCAGAGACAAUUUAAAGAUGAGACUGAUGACUGAUGAUACGCAAGCGGCAGCAUUAGUUUUCAGGACAACGUGCAAGAGUAUACAUUUAACAAGGAAGUUUAUAAACUAGGAUAACACACAGGGGAUGAAAUAUAGUACAAAGUGAAUGGGAUGCGGGAUGGAUGUAUAGAGAGAGAAAUGGUCGGUGGAAG